AUGCCUAAGGAAAGAGCCACCACCCGCAAGGCCGCCAAGAAGGACGGCGGUAAGAAGAAGAAGGACCCCAACGCCCCCAAGCGUGGUCUUUCCGCCUACAUGUUCUUCGCCAACGAGCAGCGCGAGAAGGUUCGCGAGGACAACCCCGGCAUCAAGUUCGGUAAGUUAUUACUCUCUCACNGUGAUGUUGGCAAGAUCCUCGGUGAGAAGUGGAAGAGCCUCAACGAGAAGCAAAAGACUCCCUACGAGGCCAAGGCUGCCGCCGACAAGAAGCGUUACGAAGAAGAGAAGGCUGCCUACACUGCUGGCGGCGAUGCUGACGAGGAGGAGGAGGAGGAGUAA